AACACCACAUUCAAAUUCCUGGCUCGCCGCUCCUCUUUGUCUGUUUUUCUCUUUCUAAAAAGGGGGACUGCAAGAUUAAUGAAUAGACCAAGGAGUCUAUCAAAGGACUGUUGGCGAGGCACAGCCUGGCACCAAAGAAGGUGGCACCAGUUGACACUCCAGCCAAACUUCACCUGGCUGGUAUAGAGUUACAGACUGUUUGACUCGCUUGGAGAAAGAGAAGUAUUGCAUUUGCCUGCUUUCCUUUCCAUUUGGAGAAUUUUCAGUUGGAGAAGAAGGAACUCGGUGUACACCAUAGGAGCAAGUCCUGGGAUAGUCUGUUUUGAGGAUCCAGUAAGCCAUGGCACCAGCGUUUCUGCCCACUGACCUGAGCGAUGGAGCAUUAUCUCUGUCCAGCUAACGAUGGGGUCAAAAUAUUUCUGCCGUCAAAUCCCCAAACUAAAAUCCAGGUUGUACCAAAGGAUCUUCAUGUGUCAGAGGGCAUGAUCGACAACGCAGUGGAUAUGGACAGUCUGAACAGGAACUUGCCUGAAUGCGGAUGGCAGACCCAUAAGGUGUUACAGAGCACUCCACUGGAUCUGUUUGAGAGCGGCAAGGCUCUGAAGGUCCAGGCAGAGCGCCCCCAUCUGGUCAGUCUGGGCAGUGGCCGUCUCAGUACGGCCAUCACACUGCUGCCCCUUCCCGAAGGUAGGACCACGGUGGGCCAUGGGGCGAUGGACAUCAGCAUCCAGGGCCCAGGAGUUGCCGCCCAGCACUGCUCCAUAGAGAACCGGGCAGGGAUCAUCACUCUCCACCCCUGUGGGAACCAGUGUGCCAUAGACGGGCUUCCUGUCACCAAACCGGUCCGCCUGUCACAAGGUUGUAUGCUGUGUUUUGGCCAGUCAGCUUUUUUCCGCUUCAACCACCCAGAGGAGGCGUUCAGGAUGAAGAGCAUGAUGCCAGAGGGAAGCAGGGGCUCUGGUGGGAACUACAGAAUUCACUCAGAUACAGAGAGCCUGGUCAAUGGGAACCAUCAGUCAGGAGCGUCCCAGUCGUGCCACCCAGCCCCCGGGGCUAGAGACUCCUGCUCCGAGCAUAGUGCCAUCGUCAGCUCCAUCGAAAAGGACCUCCAGGACAUCAUGGACUCCCUAGUCAUGGAUGAUCCCCAGCCUUCCUCUUCAGACCACCCCAUCCCCCACUCCCUGCUGUCCCCCAUGGUCAACGGAGGAGGCCGCUACCUCCUCUCCCCUCCCACCAGCCCAGGAGCCAUGUCGGUGGGCUCCAGCUAUGAGAACACCUCCCCACCCUUCUCCCCCCUGUCCUCUCCCUCGGCGGCCAGCAGCGCAGGCAGCUACACCAGCCCUUCUCCCAGCGGCUGCCUGGACCCCCAGGACCCAUCCCUGCCCCCCGUGCCGGUCCGCUCAUCUAGCUACAACUACACAACUACACCACCCAUCCCCCAGCCAAGGACCAUACUGACCAACUACAGCCCUGGCGGCGGGGUGCAGAGGGUUCCUGAGAGCCCUAGGCACCAGAGGAAAGGUCUCCUGGAGGCCCCCCAAAGCCCCAAGCCAGCCCGCAGAGGCCAGAGACUGGACAGCCCAGGGGGGGUGGGUUCAGAGAGCCCUAGACUGACCCACCAAUCUGUUGCCUCAGCCGAUGCCGGGUACAUGGGCAUGGGCAGGAACGCAGUGCCAAGUAGCCCCAGACUCACCUCCAAGUUCCCCUACUCCUCCACGUCCUCCUCCCCAUCCAGUCCCAGGACGAAAGCGGGCACCAUCCUCCAGGAGCGCCCGGCCAGCCCCUUCAGAGAGCAAGCGGACCACUCCCUCACUUCCAGCCCUUCCAGACAGCUGCUAUCCCAGCCCAGCAGGGCCUUUCAGCCUCCCCUGGACCCCAUCGUCCACAUCAUCCAGGGGGGCUCUCCACUCCAGCAGCACCACCCCUUCCCCCACCCCCGCACGCUGCAGCCCCCAGAGAGCCCUCGGCUGACUCGCAGGAACCUUGAGCUCAGCAGCGGGGGCAGCAGCAUGAAGGAGCUCCCACCUCUCAGCCCCUCCAUGGCUCGCAGAGGGGUGCCUGUUCACCUGGGGGCUCUCCCUGGAACUAUCCCCACGUUGAGAACGCCUGAGAGCCCAUCAUCAUCAUCAUUGGGGAAGUUGGGAGUCCCGGAGAGCCCCAGGCUCCUACGCAAGGCCGGCUCCCCCGCGGAGGACCAGUUUGGCAGCAGUGUGGUCCGAGCCCGCAGCCCCUCCCCCACCUCAGGGUUGAUGAUGAUGGAGAGUGGGGGAGGUGGGAGGAAGGCCAGCUUUGGGAAUGCCAUCUCCCCUGCUUACAGCCUGGGCUCCCUGCCUGACUCCUCGCCUCUCGCCAGCCCCAGGGGCCAUAGGAAGAUGUCUGGGGGCUCCCGGGAUCAGAGGGGCCCCCACCCGGGCAUGCGGGAGCGCAAAAACAGCAUCUCUGAGAUCAGCGACAACGAGGACGAGCUGUUGGAGUACCACCGGCGCCAGAGAGAGGAGAGGCUCAGGGAGCAGGAGAUGGAGAGACUGGAGAGGCAGAGGCUGGAGACCAUCCUGAACCUGUGUGCCGAGUACAACAAGGGCGACGGGCCCGUGGGGGGUGAGGCAGAGGGGAGGAUGGGCUUCCCUGGGGGUCUGGGACCGGGGGAGGGGGCAGCCAGGAGACCCUCUAUGGACAGCUUGGCAGGGUCCAGCUCGCUGCGUCGUAGCAUGGCCCAGAGACAGCAGAGGGAGAGCGACGAGGAGAACCUCAAGGAGGAGUGCAGCAGUACGGAGAGCACCCAUCAGGAGGUGAGGACGCCACUUUCUCCACAGGCCCUCCACAAUGGAGACAAAUACCAGCAUGAAGAGCAGUCUGUUACUGGCGGCGUCGGACGGGCAGAGCUGGGUUACCUGGAGGACGAGCGGGUCAGAGUGCUGGCCCGAGUCGACGAGCUCAAAUCACGAAUCACAGAGCUGGAGCAACAGCUACAGGAGUCCAAGCAGGAGGCGGAGAUGGAGCGGGCCCUGCUGCAGGGGGAGAGGCAGGCGGAACUGGACCAGAUAGAGGCAGAGACGGAGAUCAUCAGACAGCUGCAACACAAGCGCAACGAGCUGGAGAACGUCAUCCAGAGGGAGAAAGACAAGGCAUUGCCAAAUCCUGGAUGGCUUCCCAAGACCGUAUCUAGUUGGUUUUGCCAUCCCAAGGAGAGGGCAAAUGUUGACGCAGAGCGCCGAGCCCUGGCGAGCCUUCAGGAGGGCUACAGUGAGCUGAAGAACCAGCUUCAUAACUGUCCCGAGUCACUGAGGGAGCAGUUACACGAACAGCUCAAAAGGGAGGGCGAGACCCUGGAGUCAGAGACAAAGCAGUUUGAGGACCUGGAGUUCCAGCAGCUGGAGAGGGAAAGCAGCCUGGAGGAGGAGAGGGAGACCAUCAGCCAGCAGCUGAUGCAGGAGAGGGCUGAGUACCACACCAGCGUGGCCAAGAGGAAGGACAAGGUGGCAGCUCUGGAAGGCCAGGCCAGUCAGCUGGGACAGCAGGCGUCUCAGGAGUGUGACAGGCUGGCUAAGGACAGGAACCUUACCCUGCAGAUGCUCCAUAAGGAGAAAGAGAGACUAUCGGCCCUGGAGAAGAGAUACCUCAGCCUUACUGGAGGAAGGACUUUCCCUAAGAGUUCCAGCACCAUGAAAGAGGAAAUGCUCCAUAUCAGCGAGAUUGACCUGUUAGAGGACUCCCACUCCCAGCAUCCUCUCUGCCGACCCGCUGCUUUCUAUUUAAGCUCCUCCUCUCAGUUAUACCCAGGGGGCAGCCCGACAGAGGAGUACAUGAAGCUCUCGGAUGUCUAUAGGAUGUAUGGGAGAGAUUGCCAUGACACCCAACUCACCACCUCUGCUCAGCAUGGCCUCUCGCUCAUCCUAGACACAGCUGUCCCCUGCGAGGAGUAUUUGACUGUGGGCCAGUUAACUCAGAUCUUUGGGAUGCCGAAGGUCGAGUCCUCCCCUACCUCUCCUCUCCGGCCCCUCCAGUCAGGAGCGGGAGACCCUGCCUUCUCCUGCCUCUCCGUUCCUCAUGGUUCCUCCCCCUCUCUCUCUGUUGAGUACCAGCCUGAGCGUAGUAGGCCUCAAAUCCCCACUCUCGAUUUAGAGCAGUGGUACCAGGAGGUGAUGGCUGCUGGAGAGAGCAGCCAUCUCUGCCCCCCUCUCCCAGCUAAAUCUCUCUCCCUUCGCAGGCCUAUGCAGGUGUUCCGCUCCAAGCUGGACAGUGAUGCUGGACAAAUGGUACAUCAACCCAAAGCAGGCUCCGGAUCCCAUCUGCAGUGCGGAGCUGCCACACUGGGACGCAACACAACCUCCAAGAGCCCGCUGAUGGUUCCCAGCAGUACCGGCAGUUUGCCACGGAACUUGGCUGCCACCAUGCAGGACAUAGAGACCAAGAGAGCGCUAGCCUUACAGCAGAAAGAGUCUUCCUUGCCUUCCACGUCUGAGUCUCCCUGCUCCACCAUGGACAAUCCCACAGACCGACAGAUAGACCGACAGAUAGACAGACAGACCUCUGAUCCUGGGAGCCACCAGGUGAUCGAGGAGCAGCGGCGUCGAUUGGCUGAGCUGAAGCAGCGGGCUGCAGUGGAGGCCCAGUGCCAGUGGGAUGCGCUCCACGGCUCUCAGACCCACCUCAACACCCAGUAUGCCCCUUCCCAUGUCCACGGCCCUCCCAUGGUGCACCACUCCAUCCUGCACCACCAGCCGCCGCCGGCGGGCGAGCAGCCGUACGACACACUGAGUCUGGAGAGCUCUGACAGCAUGGACACCAGCGUCUCCACCGGCAACAACUCGGCCUGCUCCCCUGACAACAUGUCCAGUGCCAGUGGGAUGGAUGCGCUGAAGAUCGAGGAGAUGGAGAAGAUGCUGAAAGAAGCCCACCUAGAGAAGGCCAGGCUCAUAGAAUCCAGAGAGCGUGAGAGCCAUGCCCGUAGGCAGAUGCUGGAGGAGGAGAGGAGGCGGCGAGAGGAGGCUGAGAAAAGGCUGCAGGAGGAGACGGUGCACAGGCAGCAGCUGGUGGACAAGGAGGUGAAGAUGAGAAGCAAGAACUUCUCCCAGGCCCGUCCUAUGACUCGUUACCUGCCCAUCCGCAAAGAGGAGUUUGACCUGCGCUCCCACAUCGAAUCAUCCGGCCACAACGUGGAGACCUCUCACCACGUGAUCCUCACAGAGAAGAUGUGCAAGGGUUACCUGGUCAAGAUGGGCGGCAAGAUCAAGUCGUGGAAGAAACGCUGGUUUGUCUUCGACCGCCUCAAAAGGACCUUCUCCUAUUACGUUGACAAGCACGAGACCAAACUGAAAGGAGUCAUCUACUUCCAGGCCAUUGAAGAGGUCUACUAUGAUCACUUGCGUAUCGCCACGAAGAAAGGAUUUUUCAACCUCAAUUUGGCCAAUCACUUUUCUGAGCUCCUGCCUCCUCAGUUUCGAAGAGAGAGCCCCAAUCCCUCGUUGACCUUCUGUGUGAAGACUCAUGACAGACUGUACUACAUGGUGGCCCCUGCCCCGGAGGCCAUGAGGAUAUGGAUGGACGUCAUAGUAACGGGAGCCGAGGGCUACACGCAGUUCAUGAACUAAUAGGGGAGACUUGCGUACGUUGACAUAAGGUCAUAAGGAGACUGUUUCAGCAGGAACACUUCAAUAGAUUCAGGCCUUUCCUUCUAGCGCCUCUCCCGAUAUUGGGAAAUUUCCUUUUUAUUUUGUUACAUUCAUUAUAUCUAUUUUUAAAUCUCACAUCUCUCACUUUACAAUAGACAUUUUUUCUCCACUGGUUUUUCUACUUGCUUCUGCCCACUGAUUAAAAAAAGAGAGCCCUGGAAGAGACACACACACACUGUAUAUAACCAAAACGACUUAACUGUCAGACUUUCUGCUCAAAAGCCUUUCUAUAUUGCCAAAUGGAGAUCUUAUUUUAGUUACAGGCUCUUGCGUGAGACCUAUUUUGUGUAUCAGUAAAUGUCUUUGAUAUUUUUUUUUUUUUACUCACACUAUAUGGAAUAUUGCCAAAUGACAUAACAAUGGUUUCAAACAGAUGGUCGUUUUUUAUGGAAUGUUUCAAAUAGAAUACGAAGGCAUUUGCCCAAAUCUACUUAAGUUUAUCAGUGAGCGAAAGAUGUAAUCAUUUAAGAAAUGGUUAAAAGAAAUUCUAUUGAAAAUGUUGGCGAAUAAACCGAAUUGAAAUCAGUAAGACCAUGACACAACACACCACCUCAGGAGUCCAUACUUAAUUUGAGUUCCCGUCACAGAUGAAACUAGAUCUUGAUCCAUCUCUGUGAUCUUACUCUACUGCUGAACUAGAUUCCACUGUGUCCGUCUUAUACUUUGCAACUCCUAAAGACACACACACAGUCUGUUUGCCAAGUCCUGAUAACUUGACCCCUUUGCGUAAACAGCCAUUCCAUCACUGCCAGCCUACAACACCAGGAGCUCUAGGGACUACAUAAAUGAGACGACAGUACAUGUCAUUGGGGUGGCAGCGUAGCCUAGUGGUUAGAGCGUUGGACUAGUAACCGAAAGGUUGCAAGUUCAAAUCCCCGAGCUGACAAGGUACAAAUCUGUUGUUCUGCCCAUGAACAAGGCUGUCUGUUCCUAGGCUGUCAUUGAAAAUAAGAAUUUGUUAUUUAACUGACUUGCCUAGUUAAAUAAAGGUAAUAUAUAUAUAUAUAUAUAUAUAUAUAUAUAUAUAUAUAUAAAAUAAUGCUAAUCAUUCUGUGCCUUGAUGUGUCAUAAUACUCCUAGUCUGUAACUCUUGAUCGUGCUGGUCUCCAAUCUUUGUUAACAGUAUCAGAAUUCAACAGACUUGCAUGGGGAGUCUGACUGCUGUUUUGAUGCAGCAAUACACAAGUACAUGUGAAGAGUAACCUCCCCUGAAUUCCAAAUCAAGUUCAAGCCCCCACUAUCCCAUCCUAUGCUCUUGUGUAGAUCUGAGAGGAUUGGUAAACAGGUGGUAGCUAGGUGGAAUUGUCGCAAUAUAAUAUUGCUUACACUUAAUCCAAUUCUUUCAGAUCUCCACAAAUGCACAGGAAUUUUGGAUUCAGGGUGCGUUUCAGCUUUAAUCGAACGUUAAAUGAUCUGGUAACUUGACAUAAUCAUUGUAAAGGACUCAGACAGGCUACAUGAUCACAACAACAUUUAUAAAUCAGCAUCUGAAUAUCUUUUUAAAGACUAUGCUGUGAUUUUGAACAUGUAAACCUGAGUGUUUAGGUUUAUUGAGAAGCCUUGUGAAAUGUAGUUAUCUUUUUCUAUUUAUGGUUAACCUGCCUGAGAUAUAGUAGUACUGUAAACCAUGUCACUGUCAAGUAGAGGAAAAGAGACUAGUGAGGAAAGACCUUAAUAUAUUUUCCCGUUUAUAUUUUCCCCACACUGAAAUGGGUGCAACCAAAUAUUCAGCAUUGGCCAGAGGUAUAUCAUAGUGUUAUAAAAAAAAAACUUUUAUACUGUAAAAAGAUGCCUGUAUGAAAAUGUAAUUUACUCAUCAUUCAACCAGUAUUGUAUAAAGAGCAAUUUACUUGUUUUUGUCAUUUCAAAAGGAUGGUCAGAAUACACUUCAGUUUUAUGAGUUCUGUAUUUAUUGAUACAGUAUACCAUACUUAAAAGAACACUCAUGGGGUCAUAACUGUCUACACUCCCUCAACACUGUAGAACAUCUCUCACACACUUGCACCAUCUUCAGACUAUAUUAUGUUGAUGGUACACUGUUUUAUACGGCACUUUCAUGUAUGGAUUAAAUGGAUAUUGUCAGAUCUAUUAAAACAGAAAUGUCACUGUGA